AUGAAAACGGUUGAAGUCGAUGAUGCACUUGAGGGACAUCCAGUCCAAUAUAGGGAGGUUCAAAACCACGAAUCGGCGUUGUUUCUCUCAUACUUCAAGAACGGUAUAAAGUACCUCCAGGGUGGUGCAGCAUCUGGUUUCAAUCAUGUCGAUGAGAAUGAAUUCGACAACUGGACACCGCGUUUGUUCCAGUGCAAAGGAAAACGUAACGUACGUUGUGCACAGGUGGCUUGUGAGCGUGCCUCACUGAAUCUUGGCGAUGUGUUCAUACUGGACUGCGGGGCUGAUAUUUACGUCUGGAUGCCUCCAGAUAGUGGUAGACUUGAAAGAAUUAAAGUAUUAAAGUGUUCAUUUCAUAUUUCUAUGCAGUUGCAAAAUAAUUCGUUAUUGAAGGGCAUGCGUCAAGCACAGAGCAUCAGAGAUCAGGAACGAUGCGGCACUCCAAACCUGCAUUGUCUGGAUGAAGACUGGGAUACCAAUGAAGAAUUCUGGUCAAUAAUGGGUGGAUGUGAGCAGUUGGGUGACCUGAAAUCUCCCCAAGAUGGAGGCGACGAUUCCGACUUCUGGAGGGUCAACAAGAAACCACUUGUUCUUACCAGGUAA